AUGGACAAAGGCAGUCAGCAAGAACGCAUUUUAGGAAUGGUCUGGUUGCCCAACGAGGACAUGUUCUCGUACACGACAAACUUUCGUAGCGAUCUGAAACGCCUUUUCAACUUAGCAGUCAUCCCCACCAAACGAGAGGUUCUGAGGCUAGUAAUGAGUCUGUUCGAUCCUCUGGGUCUCGUUGCAUCAUUUGUCGUCGAAGGAAAGUCAUUAUCCAAGAAGUUUGGAGGGCAAAGGUCGGUUGGGACGAACGAAUCCCAUCUGAUAUCGUCCCUCGAUGGCAACAGUGGAUACAGCAAGGGAUCCUACGAAUCACUCGAACUACAUGUCUUCGUUGACGCGAGCGAGAGCGCUUAUGCUGCAGUCGCCUACUUUAGAAUCGUCGAUAAAGGACAGGUUCGAUGCUGCUUAGCAGGAGCGAAAACUAAAGUAGCUCCUCUGAAACAACUCUCCAUCCCUCGCCUGGAACUACAAGCAGCUACGAUUGGAGCGCGGCUAAUGAAGACAAUAACCGACAGCCACACCGUUACAAUCAAGCGACGAUUAAUGUGGAGCGAUUCACGAACCGUGCUCUCGUGGCUCCGGUCAGAUCAAAGGCGAUACCGACAGUUCGUGGCAUUCCGUGUCACGGAGAUAUUAGAGGAGACGAGUGUUGCCGAUUGGAGAUGGGUGCCGUCGAAGCAGAACGUGGCGGACGAAGCCACAAAAUGGGGGAAAAGCCCUGACUACUUUGAGAGCUGUCGCUGGUUUAAAGGUCCUGCAUUUCUGUACGAGGACGAGAGUCAAUGGCCUGUGGAAGACUCCCUGGCGAAGGAAUGUACAACCGAAGAGUUGCGGAACGUCCACGUUAACGUGCAGAUUUCGGUCGAGCCGAUAAUACACUUCCAACGAUUCUCUAAGUGGGAGCGGCUGGUCAGAGCUGUAGCGUAUCUACAAAGUUUCUACAACAAUUGUCAUCGCAGAAGACUCGGCUCUGCGAUAAACGUGGAUAUUUUAUCGAGCGAGGAACUGAACGCAGCUGAACAUUCUAUCUGGAAGUUGGUCCAGGCAGAAGCGUUUUCCGAUGAGAUCCGUAUUCUGCGCAGAAAUCAAUCCGUUCAUGAAAGCAAGCAGUCAAUUGUUGAGAAGCAUAGUCGUAUCUACAAGCCGUUACUGUUUAUUGGCGAAGGAGAUGUGAUAGGAAAAAAUGGACCAAUCGCAGCGUCACCGUACGUGCCAUACGGCACGAAGUUUCCGGUCAUAAUACCUAAAGAGCACUACGUUACACACCUGCUGGUAAAUUGGUAUCACCGUAAAUAUGUCCACGUCAACGGAGAAACAGUGGUCAAUGAGAUCCGACAAAAAUACCACGUCUCAGAUAUAAGAGUGCUUGUACGGAAAGCUACGAAAAACUGCCGUUGGUGCUCAGUAUACCGAGCUCUACCUCAGGUGCCAAAAAUGGGCCCCUUACCGUUGGCCCGGGUUACGCCCUACGUGAGAGCUUUCACAUUCGUAGGACUGGACUAUUUCGGGCCUCUGACGGUUCGCAUUAGAAGGACGAAUGCCAAGCGGUGGGUAGCCCUGUUUACCUGCCUGACAACCAGGGCAAUACAUUUGGAAGUUGCCGCUUCGUUAUCAACGGAGUCCUGUAAACAAGCUAUCCGAAGGUUUAUCGCACGGCGAGGAUCUCCCCAGGAGAUUUAUUCGGACCAGGGGACUAAUUUCCAGGGAGUUAGUGGUGAACUGGCCAAACAAAUACGGUGUGUCAACCAAUCUCUUGCUUCCAACAUCACCAACCAAAGGACCCAGUGGAAGUUCAACCCUCCGUACGCCCCUCACAUGGGUGGCGUGUGGGAGAGGCUUGUACGCUCCGUCAAAAAAGGACUCAGCUGUCUACUGACCGAUAGACAUCCCGAUGAUGAAGCUUUGGCUACAGUACUUGCCGAGGUUGAAUCGCUCGUUAACUCACGUCCAUUGACCUACUUACCCCUGGACAGUGAAACGAACGAAGCCCUUACACCCAACCAUUUUUUGUUACUGAGCUCCAGCGGGAUAGUGCAACCAGCUACCAUGCCUACGGAAGAAGCAGCCGCUCUUCGUUCCAAUUGGAAUGCUAUCCAGGUUAUGCUGGACAACUUCUGGAAGCGUUGGAUUAAGGAGUAUCUCCCAGUAAUGUCACCUCAAUCCAAAUGGUUUGGAGAGGUGCGAAAUGUUCGAGUCGGCGAUUUAGUGAUGAUAGCUAGCGACAAGGAGCGAAACAGCUGGACUCGAGGACGAAUACUUCGUGUUUAUCCAGGAAAAGAUAGGCGAGUGAGGCGAGUUGACGUACAGACUACAAAGGGAGUCCAUCAACGACCUGUAUCAAAACUAGCAGUACUGAACGUCGCUGAAGAUCUUGGUACAGCUGGAAGUUCUGGCAGCAAUACGGGUGGGGGUGCAAUUCUGGAGAGAUGGCCGAUCAGCCUUGAUCUAGCCGGCUUGGCGAUGGUCGCAGGGGAGAUUCAAUCCAGAACCUUUCGUGGACGAAACGAGUGCGGGCUCUGGGGAGGCCGAUUUAACCUCUCGGCGUCGGAUUUAGAAGAUGGCGGCCACACUUUGGCCAACGAUGACGCAGCGUUGUCGAAGCCACCGAGCACUAACCAAAUCUUCCCGGAAAUCACCUCCGAGGCACUGCACUCUCAAGAAACUUGGGAAAAAGUAUAA